CUCCGCCGGCAUUACAAUAACAUUAUCAUCAUUUCUCUCUCUCUCUCUCUCAAAAAAAAAAAAAAAAAAAACCAAAACCUAUGUAACUAAAGUAACUGCUCUUCAGACAACAUAGGUAGCGUGAAACUCGUUCCUCGUAUCUUCGUGAAUUCGUUUGUUCUUGUCUUUUUUUUUUUCUUUACUUGUUUUUUUGGUAUCGAUCGACAGAGAGAGUAAUAUAAUAAUGGAUGUAAUGGUGGGACCCACUUUCUCCAUCGACGUUCCGACAUCACCGCCGUUCGCCGGAAACCGUCCGACCGGCAACGUGUUUUUCACCGGCGGUGAGUUGUCGGAGAGCUCGUCUUCGAUCGGUACACCGGAUGAUAGUGACAUAGAAAACGAUAAUGUUUCUCCUAAGAGACAUCGUGAAGAUGAUGAUGAAGAUGAAGAAGUUCAGAGCAAGUUUAAGGGUUUGAAUUCUCUUGAUUCUUUAGAUGAUUCUCUUCCUAUCAAGAAGGGAUUAUCGAAUCAUUUUAUUGGAAAAUCAAAGUCAUUUUCGGAUCUAUCACAAGUAACAAAUGUGACAGAAUUAAAGAAACAAGAGAAUCCAUUCAACAAAAGAAGAAGACUUUUGAUUGCAUCUAAGUUAUCAAGAAAAUCUUUUUAUUCUUGUUUUAAUCCAAAAUCAAUGCCCCUUUUGCGUGUGAACGAGGACGAAGAUGAAGAUGAUGACGAUGAUGAGAAUCAAAGAGUAGAUAAAGAAGUCACUACAAAAGAUUCACCAUCAUCGUCAUCUUCUUCAAUGGAGGAAAAGAAGAAUCCACAAGAAGAAGUGAUGAUGAGACAAUUCAAUAAUAGAAUGCCUCAAUCUUAUGCUAAUCAUAUGAGGCUUAGAUUAGGGAGUUUUAAGUCUAGGAGCUUUUCUCUUGCAGAUCUACAAGAACAUGAUGAGGUGGAGGAAGAUGAUGAGGAUAAUGAGGAACAACAUUUGGAUUAAAAGUACAAGUGUGUGUGUAAGUGUAAUUAGUACUGAACUUUUAAUUUCAUUUUUUGUAUAGAUGGAACUUUUAACUUUAUUAGUUUUUGUUGGUAUCAUAAAGAGAAAUUUACUUUUUAAGGAUAUAAAGUAGGCAAGUUCUAUCUAUGGUUGAUCGUUUUAGUAUUUGAAAAUUGUUGGAGACUCUAAUAAAGAUUAGACAUUGUUAUUCGAAA